AUGAUGACAUCAAUUAUUUUCACUCUACUAUUUAUUUUAUUUAUUGAUAUUCAAUUGAAAAUGGCUUAUGCGCACGGAAAUAGUCAUCAUAUCUGUAAAUUGGAAAAUCGUACUAUUGUAUUUAACGUAUGCAAAAUUCGACCUCGUAUUACUUUACCAGUCUGUAUGGGUUAUUGCUCGAGUAGUACUCAUUGGAGUUUCCAUUCAAAAAGAUUUGUACAUAGUACGACAGCAUGCACAGUAACUGAUCAUCGAACUGAAUUUUUUGUGUGUCCCGAUUCUACACAUACUGCUAUUCAACUAAUGAUACCAGUCAAUUGUUCAUGUGCUAAAUCUGCUUGUCGUCGUUAUCAUCGUUGA